UUGAUCUUUUUCAUUUUGGCAAACUUUUACGAAAAUUAACCACUGGCAUUUUUUCUUUGCAAUAUUUAAACAAAUUUAUUUAUUUUUUGACGAUUUCACUCGAUUAAAAUAUUUUGAUUUUCAUCAGCUCUGCUCCCACGAAUUAACAAAGAAAUACCUAUGGUCAUACAAAUAAAAAAAAAAUAAUAAAAAAAAAUAUUUUUCGAAAUUUAUAUUCUCAAUAAACACAAAUUUCAAAAAAGUUAAGCCCACAAUUUCCGUUGCUAUUUAUAAUACAUAAUAUAAAUAAUAUUAGUAAUGGACACGGCUGCCUAGAUCAUGCAGUUUAACAUAGGUACCAAUCUAAUAAAAUGAGAAACCAUAGUGUUAGUACAUAUGUAGCGCACAUAUGUAGCGACUUGAGCUCAAGAUAACUUCAACUUUUUUAAAAAGCAAUGGUUAAAUUAAGUUUCAACUAACGAAUUCUUUAAUUGGUGACGUUCAAAAUAGCAGAAGACAGUACAGAUAGUUGUCGUUUUUUAAUAUUUUAAAAUUCAAAAAUAUUGUAGACUACCAUAUAUCCAAGCAUCAAUAUAAACGGUAUACUAACAGAGUACCAUCCCCAUAGCAGCUUUCUACAUAGCAAACCACCUGCAAGCAUCACUGCCCACUCAACCCGCUCACAAGAUUGCUGUCAGUAUCAUGUGCCUCGAAAAAUGCUGAUCGCGUGAGACCACUAAAGAGCGACACGAACAUUGACGAUAAUAAACGAAUUUUUUUUUGUAUAUUUGCUACAUUUCGAAAGUCUGUCGAAAGAACUCAUCGUGCCGAAAAAUUGCAAGACAUCUACGCUCGAAAUUACUGGUCACCACUGUGCUUUCUCUCACGCGUUGGCCGAGCAUUAUGUGGGUAUCUUGCUUGAUGCGUUUAACUGACGCUAUUCCCAAUCGAAAAAGACGAUUGUUCGAAAAUGCAGAUGUUGUGUUAAAACAGUUUUGAAAAUUUAGUUUGCAGUCAAACUUUGCGUCGGUAUUUCUAAAAUCGUGCUCUUGCUAGUAAAGCGCAUAAAGUUAAUUUUUAAAUUAAAGAACUAUUUGUAGCCGGUGGUGUUAAUAGUUUCGACGGCAAUACGUAUUUUCUUUAAGUAAAAAUUUGUAAAUUUUAUUCGAUUUGAAUAUUAAUUGCAAACAGUGACAUCGUGCUUUGUCUAUUACGUAAAUAUUAUACUUGCAGCUGUGCGCCAGAGUUAAUUGAAAAAAGUUUAGAGUGUAUUGAUUUUCAACAAUAAACCUAAUUAAGUAAAUAAAUAAAAGCAACAGCAACUAAUUUAUUAUAAGACGUUUGUGAGUGUUUGAUAAAAGUUGAUUAAGAGAGCGAGAAAGUCGCAAGUGGGCAGCUGCAAAAUGUCGUGCUGUGGCCAAAUAACAACAAUUCGUCCGCCCAUCGAAAUGUCCAGUCAAAGUGACGUUUUGAAGUUGAGAUACGAUCCGCUACUAGACAUUCAUCGCAGGGGUCCUGAUCACAUACACGUUUCGAAAUUCUAUAAAGAAGCGAAGAACGGCAAAUUCAUCAGUUAUAUUACCGAGAAUGUGCGAACGUUAUAUCAGACAUUUCGCGAAGGUGCCUAUGCCUCAAAUAAUGGACCAUGUUUGGGUUGGCGUGAGACUCUCACAUCACCUUAUCAGUGGAUUAAUUACGAUGAAGCUUUGCUACGCGCCAAAAAUUUCGGCGCCGGCAUGAUUGCUCUAGGUGCACGUCCCAAACAAUUGAUUGGCAUUUACUCGCAAAAUCGUCCCGAGUGGAUUUUAUAUGAGCAAGGUUGUUACAGUUUCUCUUUGGUUGUUGUGCCGUUGUACGAUACGCUCGGACCGGAAGCGUGUGCAUUCAUCAUGCGCCAAACGGAAAUGUCUUUGGUUGUAGUUGAGGAUGAUGCUAAGGCCUUGAUGUUGUUGGAGAAAGCGCCGCCCACGCUGAAGAUCAUAGUCGCUAUUAAGCCAAUACGGCAACAGACGUUGGAACGCGGCAGAAGCCGCGGUAUUCAAAUAUUCUCAUUUAUUGAUGUGGAGAAAUUGGGUGCCAAGGGCAACCAUCCGGAAGUGCCCCCCGUAUCUGAAGACUUGUGCACCGUUUGUUACACAUCUGGCACUACAGGCAAUCCAAAGGGUGUGAUGCUCACGCACGGCAAUGUUGUUGCCGGUGUAUGCGCGGUGAUCUUGCAAAUGGGUGAACACCGCAUUCGCGCCGGCGAUGUAAUGAUAUCAUUCCUGCCGUUGGCGCAUAUGUUUGAGCGUUGCUGUGAGAAUGGCAUCUAUUAUGUGGGUGGAUGCGUGGGUUUCUACUCGGGCGACAUUAAGGAGCUGACUAACGAUUUGAAAAUGUUGAAACCAACCGUAAUGCCAGCGGUGCCGCGAUUACUUAAUCGGGUAUAUGAUAAAAUCCAAAAUGAGAUUGCCUCUUCGGCAAUCAAACGUACUUUGUUUAAUAUGGCACUGAAGGCCAAGGAGAAAGAGCUCUCACGCGGUAUUAUGCGUCGUAACGGAUGCUGGGACAAGUUGGUCUUCAAAAAAGUGCACCAAGCUUUUGGCGGCAAUCUGCGUCUGAUGGUUGUAGGUUCCGCGCCGCUGGCAGGUAAUGUGUUGACGUUCAUGCGCUGUGCACUCGGUUGCUUAGUGCUGGAGGGGUACGGUCAAACCGAAUGUACUGGGGCUAUUUCGUUAACUGUACAGGGUGACUAUGUGCCGAAUCAUGUAGGUCCACCGGUCUCCUGCAAUGCCGUCAAACUUGUGGAUGUGCCGGAAAUGGAGUAUUUUGCCAGUCAAAAUACUGGAGAGGUAUGCGUUCGUGGGUCUAAUGUAUUCCAUGGUUAUUAUAAAGAUCCAGAGAAAACAGCUGAGGCUGUUGAUUCUGAAGGUUGGCAUCAUACGGGUGACGUUGGCAUGUGGUUACCGAAUGGUACUCUGCGAAUAAUUGAUCGUCGCAAACAUAUUUUCAAACUUAGCCAAGGUGAAUAUAUUGUUCCGGAGAAAAUUGAGAAUAUCUACACGCUGAGCCAAUACGUAAAUCAAGUGUAUGUUUACGGGGAGAGUCUUAAGAGCUGCAUUAUUGCCGUCGUUGUGCCUGAUGUGGAUGUACUCAAGCAAUGGGCUAACGAGAAUCGUGUCAAGGGCACACUCUCUGUGCUCUGUAAUAAUCCACAGGUGAAAGAGCUAAUUAUGAGCGAUAUGCUGAAUUGGGGAAAACAGAGUGGCUUGAAAUCAUUUGAACAAGUGAAAGACAUUUAUUUGCAUCCCGAUCCAUUUUCGGUACAAAAUGGCUUACUAACGCCGACUUUCAAAGCGAAACGGCCACAAUUGAAGAGCUAUUUCAAACCGCAGCUGGAUGACAUGUACAAUCAUUUAGAUUAGAGUCGAUAUAUAAUAGCGAACCGUUUUCUAAAAGCAUAGAGCUAAAGCUUUUCCGUCAAUAAUUUUGCGUUCGAACAAAGAAAGCACGGAUAGCCAAUUAAAGCACUGCAGGGAGUAAUGAACCAUAUCUGCAAUAUGUUAUUCCUGCUCGAAAAAAACCCAAUUAGAGAAUAAAAAGCAAAAUUUCACAAAAUUUAAUAAAAUCGGAAAUUUGACUACGAGGGGGGGAAAUUAAACAAACAACAAUGGCAAUAUUUUUAACCAGUUAGCAAUUACCACUUUAACAUGUAGCAGCUUAGCUGCAACUGAUUAUGUAUGAAACGUAGUAAAUUUACCCCAACUUGUUUAGAAAACAAUUAUAUCACGCAAAAAAGUAGAAACUUAUUUAAAUUCCAGCAAAACAAAUAAAAAACUAAAGCACUCUAAUUAUACGCACGUAGCUCUCUUAACCAAUUAAAAGAAAGAAAUAAUAGAAUUACCUAUGAAUAGUGAGAAAACCAAACGACAGUUACCGAAGAGUACAUAUGUUAUAUGCGGAGGAAAAAUUUAAGAUACGAAAGCAAAAAUGCGAUCAAUUCAAAUAAUAAAUGAAAAUAUUUAAUUUAAUAUAGAUUUGAAACAUAUAAUAUAAAAUAUACUAACAGCUUAUUUUCGAAUAAAAAAAUUACCGUUAUAUUACUGUACCAUAUUUAUGGAUUCAUAAUCGUAUAACACGUUUUCACAAUGUUUUUGUAUUACUUUUGUUUAUUUAUGAUAAUUACAAUACAUUAAUUGUGAUGCCAAAAGUCAGUGCUUUUAUUAGUUAGUCUCUUAAACUUAUUGUUUGUAUUGUAUACGAGUAUAUUUAAUAUUUUAUUAAAUAAAAACACUUUAAACAAAUAGAAAUAUGAAGCAUUCCCACUUCCUUUACUCUCAUACAGAUGUCUUUAUUUAUAAUUUCCACGCGCUUUACUUUCCCAUAACCGUUUAGUAUUAUUUAUUAAUGCACACAUAUUUAUAAGCCAUUAGAUUACAGUUUCCUACUUAACAGAGCUCAUUUCACACAUCGUCACAUUUUACUCCUGCCUUCCUUCCUUCCAACCCUAGCAGAACGGCACACAUCGGUUCAAGAUGAUUAGUCUGUAAUGCUUACGAGCUUUUGUUUAUGUUAAAUCUUUACUUCUCAAAUUUUAUUCUAUAGUUAUAUACUUUGGCACCGAAAUCGGAUAUCUCUGCCAAACUCGCUCUUAAAACAACAAACAACAACAGCGUCAAUUGUAACACUGAAUAAAGCAAUAUUAAAGCAAGUUUAAGCGGUAUGCAUACAUAUUUAAGCGUUUGCAUCACAACUAGCUAUUAAUAUGUAUAUAUAAACGUUUAUGAAUUAAUACGAUUUUAUCAUCAUUAUUAAUGUACGUAUAAUAAAUGUCAAAUCCAUGCAUAUGUAUGUAUGUAGUGUGCAAUUAUAUACGAUUAUUACAUGUAUCUAACUCAAACAACCUAUGCGCCAGUAGUAAGCAUAAGAUCGAUGUCCGAUCGAAUGAAUUCAAUUAAAUAUCAGUGCUGCUUAAAAGCAAAUUUAUCAAAAUAUUCGAUUGCCUUUUAACUUUGUAGAUACCAUAUACAAAUAAGUAAAUAAGAGCUAUUCUGCUAUUAAAUUAAAUAAAAAGUCAAUAAAAAUUUAACAAAAAUA